AUGUUGGAGCAGAUGAAGGACAUGCCUGCCCUUCCACCAGGCGUCAACAAAGAAGAGCUCCUCGAGGAAGUCGCCAAGCACACGAUGCACGACGACUGGUCAUGUGCAGGCGGCCCACCCAAGUUGAUGGGCGACGAGCUGCCCGGUCUGCGCUACGGCGCUAGCCUGGAGAUACGACCGAAGCUGCUUGUUCUGCCUUGUCCCUGUCCGGGCGGCUAUUUCAACAAGGCAUGGCGUGACAGCUCGGGAUCCCUGCAGCCAAGUGGCUUGUGGGCAAAAUGGCCCAAGCCUGAAGUUGAGGAUGUGCACACCUCCUUGCCCCCGCUCUUCCACGAUGGCUCAGGGUCUCCGAGUGGAGCGGACAGCCAAGUGACCCCACAGCAGGCCUCUUCGCCGCAUGAUGCUUCCAAGUCCGACUCUUCCUUCACAUCAAACAGCCACGACGACAAAACACCGUUGUCCUUCAACGCGAUGGGUGUUGACAUUGCCGGCAGACUCGCAACUGCUGCAGGAAUCGGCGGCCUGUAUCACCCUGCAAGCGAGCCUUACUCGGCAGACUAUGGCUGCGCGAAGGGCUUCAUGAAGUCGAAUGGCCCGCUGGGGGACAUGAAGCCAGGAAAGAGAUGGUGGAAUAUGCCCGAUCAUUCUGAGGUGGCUGUAGCAACGCCAUGUCCGUGCAUGCUUGGUCCGUAUACCAACCUGCAGCCGCAGCUUCACGACAAGCUCACUGAGGCGUUGGCUAAAGAGCGCGGGCAGCCUGAUGAUGAAUGGAAGCACUCCGCCGAUGACCGCUACACUAUUGGUGUGCCCAAGGUGCCAGAGUGGCAGUCGGCGGCUGGAGGCUUGCGCCUUGGCCACAUGGGAUGUGCGCUUGUGAUGUUGGCCGCUCCUUGGUCGAACGGGGGGCCAAAGUUUGCCUUCGAUGCUGGCCGUUCCCUUCGCACAGCACAAAAGAUGGGAUGCUUUGUGGCACUUUCUGUAGCUGUGCCCAUCAAGGCCUCGCAGCUUUUGAAAAGAAGCGACCAUGAGUCACUGGCGCUCUUGGGCCUCCCAUCGCCAAGCAGUUGGGCAACCCUGUUUUGGGAAACCCCAUGCGGCGAUUUCAGCUUCUGUUUGCAAGUUUCGGACGUCCUCGAGACUGAGUCCGGGAACAUCUUCUCUGCUGGAUGCCAGGUCAUUACCUUGCGCCCCCGCUUAGUCUUGACCAAUGCUUCGACUCUGGAUAUCGAGCUGUGCCUCGAGGAGCACCGGCGACUGCGCCUUGCCGGCGAUCAGUCGAUCGAGGCCCAAUUUGCUUCGGGUGUUAGGAGUUCUUUGUGA